AUGGCCGAGCCCACACUCCUGGUAUACAACGACAAAUUCAACGAAAUGCUCGGUGCCCACGCAGAUCUCAAACUCGUCUUACAAGACAACAUCCCCUUCGCCUACGAAGCCGGCAUCUACUCACCAAAACACGACCACGUCUUCGUCACCAGCAACCAAUUCGACCUCGACACGGGCCGCGGCAAGAUCGAAAAAGUCAUCGUCAUCAGCAAACUCUCCCGCAACCUCUACGGCGAAUGGUCCCGCCACCAGCUCCCGCGAGACAUCCGCAUGCCCAGCGGCGGCGUCGCCUUCAACGACGGAACCAUCGACGGCGUCUUAUUCUGCUCCCAAGGCGACCUCGAAACCCCCGCUGCACUGGUGCUUAUAGAAUCAGACUACCCCUUCCGCUCCCGCAUGGUGCUCAACAACUACCACGGCCGCCGCUUCAACUCGCUCAAGGACAUUGCAAUGCACUCGGACGGCUCCGUGUGGUUCACGGACCCCAUCUACGGCUUCGACCAGGGCAUCCGCCCGCCCCCCGAACUCCCCAACCAAGUCUACAGAUUCGACCCGCACACGGGCGACGUCAGGGUUGUCGCCGACGGCUUCGGCCGGCCGAGUGGGAUUUGCUUCUCGCCGUUUGAAAAAGUCUGCUAUGUAUCCGACACGGAUUUUAUCCACGGUGAUGGCAAUAUCGACUUCACGCGCGCGUCGACGAUAUAUGCGUAUGACGUCGAGGAGCGCAGGAAGGCGAAGUUUCUCACAAACAGGCGCGUGUUUGCCAUGGCGGAUGUGGGCGUGCCGGAUGGGUUGAAGUGCGAUUCCGCAGGCAAUGUGUAUGCGGCGUGUGGGGAUGGGUUGAGUGUGUGGACACCCGGCGGGGUGUUGUUGGGCAAAGUGCUCGUUCCUGGUGGGCUGGCGAAUAUAUGCUUUGGAAAGAAAGGCGAGGUGUUCUUGUUGAAUGGGAAGAAGUUUUGGAUUUUGAAGGUCGCGGAUACGGUCAAGGGUGGGGGGUUUAUGAGGGAUGUCGCACAGGUAGAGGAGCCGUCGGAUGAGGAGUGA